AUGACGGUAGACAGACCUUACACGGUCGCUUUUUCUGUAUAUUAUUCUAUUUAUUUUUGCACUGCUGUCAUCGCCCAAGUCGUAUUGCUAGUUUUAUUGAAAACGGCUACACCGAAGAACAUGAUGAAGAUGCGAUCUUUCCUAAUCGUCAGUUCAUUGGGCCAUGUUUUUGUUUGUACCGUCGCUUUUCUCACUCAAGCACGGUAUAAAUCAAAAAAAAGUUGUAUGUAUGUCAUUAUUUUCAGCACUUUGAACACUCCAAACACCUUGGCCUUGUUAUGCAACGGUGCUUGUAAAUAUUUCAGUCCUGAACUUUGUUUCGUUAACUAUGGUUUACAACUGGUAAAUUCUAUUCAUGAAAGUUUACACAGAGUAAAUGGAAUAGCGUAAAUAAGUUCGAAAAUGUGUAACUUUUCCAACGGAAUAUUUUAAGCUGGAAGUGGUGAAUAAAAGAGAAGAUAGAAAGACUUUCUUUUGAGAACUCAUUUACGCUCUCGCUGGGUGAAUAUUCAUUACGGCUCUGUCUUUUUGUCACCCCUUUAAUUAAUUGAUUGAAAUACAGAGCAUGUCGAACUUCGUUGGCCUGGUGAACAUCCACAUGAUGUAUUAUCGAUAUGUUCUUCUAGACUUCUCGAAAGAAUCUUUUCGCUGGGUUGCCGGCUUUUCUGCCAUUUACCUCAGUCCUGCGUUCAUAUUAGUAUGCUCUUCUGUUUCAUUUUGAUUUUCCGACAUUUUUAAGGUCAUAUUAUUUUUCCCACCACCUGACUUCGAAGUCGUGAGAGAGGAAACCUACCGACUCCACCCAGAGUACGAUUUAUCGGUUUAUGAGAAGUUUCCUGGUUUCUCGAAUAGCCAUCAUCCGAAUAGAAAUCUCGUCAAUUUUGUUUUAGCCGCUGAAUCGGUGAUUCUUCCGAUACGAGCUGGCUUCUGGAUGAGGUGUGAUUUUUUUAAUUUUCGGGGAAUUUUUUAUUUUAUUUUAGAUCAGCAGUCUCAAAAUUGAAUCCUUUAUCCCGAAGGACUCAGAUGCAAAUGAAGUCUUUCAUUCGGGUAUGGUUUUCAAGGAAUUUUAUUUCAUUCACAGAGGCUUCAGCUUUUUUUUUUUUUUGUAUCUUAGAAACUGUCCUGAAAGCUUCCUCUUGUUUUUUUAACAAUGGCUAUUAUUUCUUCAUUCAAACCUUUAAGAACUAGUUUUCACUGUUAUUCCAAAAAAAUAAAUUCUCUAUUCAUUUUUUUCUCGAAGGGAAAAAAAUUCAAGUUCAGGGCCUCACGAUUCAAAUCCUAACUCCUCUCAUUUUCUAUGCAACCAGCGGCUCUUCACACCUCGUCAGCAAAUAUGCGGGUUUAUAA